AAGCGGCGGGGCGGCGCCUGUGCCGGAAGUGCGCAGGGGAGGCCAAGCGGCUCCCGGCGCCACUCCGGAUCAACAAAGCCGAGCGCGCUCGGAGGGGUAGCGUGGCCUUUUCGUGGCCAGCAGCAACUAUGGAGGGACAUGGAAAAAAUUCAUCAUCAGGUCAGCCUAAAUAUCGAAUACCAAAGAAGAAAUCCUCACAGUCAGAUGAUGUCCAUGUUCAGUCCCCACUGUCAAGACUUUCCCACCCGUGGGAUCGCACAUUGCAAGAGUGGACAUCAAGGUCUAAAAAUAACAAUUUUAACGCAAACUGGAGAAGAAAAAGACCUUUUGAGAAACGUUACAUCGAUGAUGAAGGACCAGCAUUUGGGCAACCCAAAGUUAUCUUGACGAAUGUCCUGAAGACGGAAAUAGGAAGAAAAUACAUAAAGACACAACUUAUAACUGAUAUAACUCAUGGUGUCCAGUUGCAGUCAGAUCAACAAACCUCACCAUCUGUUGACAGUGUAGAGAUACGGCAAAUACUAAGUCCUCUUCAGCAAAACCUUUUUAUAUCUAGAAGGCAACCCAAAGUUACCUUGACAGAUGUUCUGAGGACGAAAACAGGAAGAAAAUACAUUCAAAGGCACCUUUUAACUCAUCCUAAUCUAUCUGAUGCUAACAAGUUGCAAUCAGAUGAACAGACCUCCUCAACCAUUGCCAGCCUAGAGUCAUUUCAAAAAAUAAGCUCUCAAGAAAGCCGUAUUUUACCUAAAAGGCAUGGGACAUCUCAACGAAGGCCGAAUGACCAGAAACCAUAUAAAGAUGCAGAAACUCAUAACACUUUUUUGCCUUUAAAAAGAUGUGACGUGAUUCUAGAAGACUGCAACAUAAAGAAUAAAGAAAGAGAUCGGCCAGAGAAAACAAGAAAAGAUUCCAAGAAUCUCUAUCCAGGUUGGAGGGAAGCAAGCUUUCAAAACACUGAGAGCAGAAAAAGGAGUGAUGUUUUCUCAAAUCAACGGAACAUAUAUUCCUCACCAAAAUCAACACUACCAAGUAAAGAACAGAGAACAGAACCAGUUCAGUUACCUGGCUGCAGGAGCUCAGGUGAGAAUUGCCAGAGUCAUACGCACAGUCCUCAGCAGGAAAAUAUUCCCCAACCAUUGGAAACGGACUGUAGUGAAGCAUUUGCCAGCACUAAUGAGAACACUGCUGCUCACUGUCCAGGGGGAAAAUGGUCCUACUCUUUUCCCAAGAGAAAGCAGCCUUCUGUCACCAGCAAGGAUGAGCAGGUUUCCCCACUCCUCAGCUCUGCUCAGAAGAAGACAGCGAAUACAACUCUACCUCCCAAAGAGCCUUUGAAUAGACCUGAAAGGAAUAAAAAGUCGGCUGAUUCAGCUGAACCAAUUGUGCUUUCUAGUGAUGAAGAAGAGGGACAUGCAGAGACAGAAGAUCCAGAGAGAGACCUGCAGAAUGGGGAAAGCCUCAAACCUGAGGAGAAGCAAAUGGAACAAGAAGCUGUGUUACCAUUGUCAGAAGGGCAGCUGUCACAGGUUGCAGCUGAAAGUGAAACAGAACAGGUUUCAGCUGAACCAAUUCAACCGUGCUCCUCUGCAGAUCGUAGCACCUUCGGUGAUCAGAUGGGUCUUGCCUUAGAUAUAAAUUUUGAUAUGAUUUAUAUUGGAAAAUAUAAAGGAAAAGCAACAGGUUGUGCCAGAUUUACCGUCAGCUACAUUCAGAUCCCAUUUGAAGUGGCUCAUAAGAAGAUUGAACUGUCAGUGGAUUCCAUGCACUUAAGAAUGUUUGGGCUGUGGAUGAAAAAAGAUCCUUCAACUUCAAGGAGCUGCAAUACCAUUUUCCUUUGGCUGACAUCAGAUUAUGUGGAGCAGAUUGAAAAACAAAUUGGAACGCUUAUAUUAAAUAAGCAAGCGAAGAAUGCCGAGUUUGUUUUUAUUGAGCUGCCUCAGCUGCUCACAGAAGAUGAUCAGGUCAUACUGAAAAAUAUAAUUGUGGAAGUGAGCAAGAAGAAUGCCUCUCCAGACCUCUGUGACUUCUUACAGUGGGAGGACGCUGUUCUGUUUCUUAAAGAAAUCCCACGUGAAGAAAACGCCUUCCUUGAUCAGUGCUAUGAAUCAUCCCAGCAGCACUUACAGAAGGACAACACUUCAGUUCUGGUGGAGCCACCCCCUCCGGAAUCAAAACCAAGCCUCAACAAGCCCAGUUACAUGCUUCUGCAGAAGCGAAAUAAUGGUCAAUAUUCCUUUUCUAUCACUUCCGUGCAGAAGAAUGAGUGGAAAGAGUUGCAAGCGACUGGACCUGUUCGGAACUUGAUCGUUUACCCUCCCCCACCGGCCAAAGGGGGACUGGGCGUCACAAGAGAAGAUUUGGAGUGUUUAGAGUAUGGAGAAUUCCUCAAUGAUGUGAUCAUUGACUUUUACCUUAAGUAUCUGUUGUUGGAAAAAGCCCCCAAAGAACUUGCUGAGAGGUCCCAUAUAUUUAGCAGCUUCUUCUAUAAGUGCCUGACAAGGACAGAGGCAAGCACUGAAGAAAACCCAAAUCUUUCAAUAGCACAAAGAAGACACGGAAGAGUAAAAAGAUGGACUCGACAUGUAAACAUUUUUAGUAAAGACUACAUUUUUGUGCCUGUGAAUGAAGAGUCUCAUUGGUACAUUGCAGUUAUUUGCUUCCCUUGGCUGGAAGAAGUUGUGUAUGAGGAUUGUCCAGAUCAAGGGUCACUGCAGUCAUGCUCCCAGCAAUCUCCACGUCAGCCAGAAUUUAAACAUGACACUGUUAGAACAGAAACAGUUUUGGUCUUCAAUGAUACCAGGACUGAUAAAGAGCAGCAAGACUUAAAUAGAAACCUACAGCCCAAAGAUAAUGUUCAGCAGGCAACUGUGUCCCCAGGAUUGGAUCACAAAGCUCUCAAAAGCUCCUCAAGCGCUUCUAAAAUUAAGAAAAUUUGCAAAAGGCCAUGUAUCCUCAUCUUAGAUUCCCUAAAGGCGAGUUCUGUGCAGAAUACAGUUCAGGUCUUGAGAGAGUAUCUAGAAGCAGAGUGCGAAGCAAAACGCACAUUUCGUGUGUUCGACAAAUCAACAAUGGUGGAUUUCUGUCCGAGAGUCCCCAAGCAGAAUAACAAUAGCGACUGUGGAGUAUAUUUACUCCAGUAUGUGGAAACUUUCUUCCAGAAUCCUAUUGUUAACUUUGAACUUCCAAUACACCUGGAGCGGUGGUUCCCUCGCCAGAUGGUGAGAAGCAAGCGGGAAGAAAUUAGAGACUUAGUCUUGCAGCUUCACUUGCAGCAGCAGAGUGGCACCAAAAGCUAGCCUGAAUUUCCUUCCGAUUUUGCAAAAGAACUUUGUCCCAGACGUACUGGAAAUCCGGUCGGCAGCAUUUGUGCUUCCAUUCUUACAGAGAAGAAAAACUGCAGAUAAAAUUGUGUGCAUUUUAUA